CGCUCUCAAACCCCUCUCCCCCCCCGCUCCCCCUCUCCCUCCCAGUUCCACCUCGCGCUCCGCCUCCGGCCGCUGCUCUCCUGCUCUCUCGUCUUCCUCCUCUCCCCUCCCAGGCCAGAUUGAUUCUACACGUCCUCCUCUGCGUUUGCUGCGCUCCCGCUGCUUGCUGCUCUGGACGUUCUUGCUUCGGAAGCAGAGCGUUUGGAUCGUUUGAGUUGUUUGACUUGACCGGACGACACUGGUUGGUGGCUGGGCCGCGAUGCCGGACUCCGACAACGAGUCCGGCGGGCCGAGCAACGCGGACUUCUCGUCGCCGAGGGAGCAGGACCGGUUCCUGCCGAUCGCGAACGUGAGCCGGAUCAUGAAGAAGGCGCUCCCGGCCAACGCCAAGAUCUCCAAGGACGCCAAGGAGACGGUGCAGGAGUGCGUGUCCGAGUUCAUCUCCUUCAUCACCGGCGAGGCCUCCGACAAGUGCCAGCGCGAGAAGCGCAAGACUAUCAACGGCGACGAUCUGCUCUGGGCCAUGACCACGCUCGGCUUUGAGGACUACAUCGAGCCGCUCAAGCUCUACCUCCACAAGUUCCGCGAGCUCGAGGGCGAGAAGGCCGCCACGGGCGUCGCGGGCUCCUCCUCCGGCGUCUCGCAGCCGCACAGGGAGUCGACGCCGUCGUCAGCGCACAAUGGCGCGGGCGGGCCCGUCGGCGGCUAUGGCAUGUACGGCGGCGCCGGCGGAGGCGGGAGCGGCAUGAUCAUGAUGAUGGGACAGCCCAUGUACGGCGGCUCCCCACCGGCUGCGUCAGGGUACCCGCAGCCACCGCACCACCAGAUGGUCAUGGGUGGGAAAGGUGGCGCGUAUGGCCACGGCGGAGGCUCGUCGUCGUCGCCGUCAGGUCUCGGCAGGCAGGACAGGUUGUGACCGUCGCCGUCCAUGCUUGCAUGGCUCAGGCCCGCCGCCGGCUUCUUGCUUGGUGUCGUCGGCAAUUAGCGCCGGCCUGCUGGAUAAGUUAACCUUCGUUUUCUUCCUUUUCUUUUUUUUUGGUAAGUAAUGAUGUGCUGCCUGAAUGGAGCCAGUGAUAUGGUUAAGAUAGUUAACCUCUCGGUAAUCCCAUGAUUUGUACUCCUAUAAGCUGCUGCUAAACUGAGCUAUGGCGAAUUGGCGACUGGCGAGUAGCCUUGCCCUAUGACACAAAUGCUGCCAUUGACAAUCUGACAUGCUUAGCUUACCUAGUAUGUUAUGACUCUGGUAACUACCGAUCGUGACUUUUUUUCUAUUUUCCUACUCCCAUUGCUCCUUUUGAUCUACUUAUUAAUUGGUGCUUUGCUUC